AGAGGGUGUGUGUGCCGGCCAGCCCAGCGGCGCCAGUUUCAAUGAGGCACACCGACCGGCAUUCGACAGUGAUCAGUGAUCAGUGCCUGGGUGCGGUAUCUGACAUUUCAGACUGAAUGGAGAGCGGAGCCGGACCAACUCGGGGCGAGAGGAAGCGCGUGCUGAGCAGCGAGGCCGGACCUGGGCGCGGCUGCAGGCCGUGUCGGCUCAGUAUGGAGACGAGUCGUUCGCCUUUGCGGACAAUUCAGCAGGCGCGUCGUAGGCGGAAAUUUGCGCCUGCCAAGCUGCUGGCGACCAAGAAGAAGUCGCGGCUGGAGAGCUGUCCAGACGCCAGCUCAGCGGCUCCAGAUCGGGCCAGGACGACCGGCGCUCCGCCUCCAGCUUUACGUGCUCCGAACCUCUCCAGUCGGCACCAUGGUCACGACACCAUGGCGGCGGCUCGCAAGGAGCGAACAGUGCCCACAGAUGGAGCAGAAAGGACGUCGGGGCAGUGGAAUCCAGUGUCACAGCUGGUGCCAGCACCGGCCGUGAGAACGCCAGUCGUCCACCAGCAUUCCGAGAUGGCAGAGGAGUAUGUCGAGGACAUUCUGCACCUGCUGCUGGAGGAGGAGCGGCACCAGCUGCUGGCAGCCGACUUCCUCGCCGGACAGGAGUCUGUGACGCCGUCGGACCGCGCCAUCAUCGUUGACUGGCUCAUACUGGUCCAGCACUACCUUCGGCUGGACGCGAGCACGCUGCAUCUGGCAGUGUCGCUGAUGGACCGCGUCCUGUUCACGGACAGCUGUGCUCUGGACGACCUCCAGCUGCUGGGUCUCGCCUCACUCUGGCUGGCUGCCAAGGUGGAGGAGCCGCGCCUGCCGACGCAGUGCCCCGUGUCUUCAGUGGCCGAGGCGCCGAAGGUGCUCAUAGUGCCCAAAGUGUUUGCAGCACUCAUUUAG